AAUUCCAAGUAUAGCUUCACCCAUUUACCAAGAAUGUUUUCCUCGCUUCUUGGAAGUGGGAAAUACCAUUACGUCAUAUAGAAGUGCUAAAAAACACUACUGCGCAAGACAAUGGGAAAAUCCCUUCAUAGGAGUACCUGUUUGAACACGACCGACCACGGCAGAUUAAUUUAACACUUGUGUAGUUCACCGUAAUAUUAAGAAGAAGACUGUCUCAUAAAAGACGAAUCAAGACUAUAAAAUACAAAUUCAAACACUCUUGAACACGACUGUGGCGUACGCGAGAACACAAGUGUAGUUAUAACUCGAUUUGUACCACUACAUCCAAUAUGGCAGAAUGUAGAGACAUCGAAGUUUACAAACCAGCAGAUUUGGACUCGCGCCUAGAAAAAGAGAAAGAUACACUCGAGGGAUAUUUUUGGCCGGAGGAAUUUCCUAUACUGCAUAAGAAUGAUACUCCAUGUUUUGAACGCAAAGUUGAAGUGAAAGAUAAACAUUACAAGCUUCGUGUUUAUGUGAAUUCCGAGUAUCCUCGUAAAAUGCCAGAUUUGGUGGUGUGCGAGCCCCCUGAGUCGAUGCCUGUUGACAACCCUCAUUUUUGUGGAAGCCAUGCAACCCAUACGUGGCCACCCUUGCAUGGGUUCUUACAUAUUUGUCAUUGGCAUUGGGCAGCUUGGACAAGAGAGAACAUGAUUUUCCAGGUUUUCAACAAAGGAGUUGAGUGGCUCGAAGCCUAUGAAAAAUACCUUAUAGGAAAAAAAUUACCACUUGAUUUACAACAGAUGAAACUCACGGAGGAAGAGGAAUUAAAAGCGGAAAGAGUGGAGAAGUUGCAAAUAGCCCUUCUGGGUCAAGAAAUCGCCUUGGCUUUAUAUCAAUCACGUCCUAAUUUUCUUAACGAUCUACAUAACUGGCAAAUGCGUUCAAUUUUCAGCAAUAUUUUGUCACAGCGUAACUUGCCAAUAUUCACUGUUGAUGAAAUAAAUAACGAACAGACCCAAAUGAUAGAAACGUUUUUGAGAAGGUGUAAUAUGGAUAAUCCAAUUGACAUUGCUUGUGGUUGGCUGUUUGCAUUGCUAUGUCUAUUUACUAAACUUAAUUUAGCCAAUCCUGGGUGUACAAUCGACGUUUCCUUCACACCGUUUGAUGAUGGACGACUACAUUUCAGAUUAGUUGCUGUAAGGCCUCGUAGUAUUAAAAACAACUAAAAAUAUUACUUGCCAUAUUUUAUAUCUGGCUGCUUCUCGGCAAGGAUGGUUUUUGGGGACUUUGUUGUCUUUGUACUACCAAUGAGCCCCAAAUUGUAAAAAUAUUGUUUAAUUAUUUAUUUAAUUGCUUAAAACAUGGUACAUAUACUAACCAGAUUACACUACACGAAUAGUAAAAUUUUCACCCGUAUCUUUUAAAUAUAAUUGGUAAU